GAGGAUCCAGGAGACUGCGUUUUGGUCAACGUAGUUCAAGAUGUCUUGCAGUACGAUGAAUCGAGCCGUUGAAAACGGUGCCUUUUAAUGUUUGGAUAAGGUCUGCCCAGAAGAGAGACACUUUGAAUGAGAUAUAGAAAACAAUAGUGGAAGAAUGAAUAUUGUUAUAAUUAGCUAAAUCCUUUAACCCACAAUCCCUGUUACUCGAUAUUUUAUAGGAAAACGACCGUAACUUAUUAAAUUCUAAGGACAUGAUGGGACAACUUAUAUAGAAUGUAAAUCAUUUCGAAUAUAAAGCUUUAAUAUUCAAAAUGAAAACUAAGAGAUAUACAUGACAUAAAAAUUAAUGUAUUAUAUCUUAGGACGGCCGUGGCUAGUUAUAAAAUAUUAUCAAAAUAUGACGUCCACCAACCACACGGGUCGGUACUUAUACGAGGCGAGGCGACAGAUAAAUUAUUUAAAAGUAAUACUUAGGUAGGACUUAUUCGAUCGCGAAUUAUGGAGGCUGGGAAAUUAUGGCGACAAUAUAUCAUCGCGGGCAUAACAAACAUACUGAUCACAUCCAUCGGUUAUUGCAUGGGAUGGACAUCACCCAUAAACAGAAAACUAUCAGACAACUCGACUGGAAGCGAAAUCCUUGGCAAACCAGCUACCAACGAGGAGCUAGCGUGGGUGGGAUCGCUUCUUAACAUCGGAGCUAUAUUCGGUCCAUUUGUGGGUGGUUACUUGGUCGGUAGGAUAGGCAGGAAAUGGGGUCUUCUGAGUUCGAUCAUCCCGAUUUUGGUUGGAUGGAUACUUGUGGUAGUGGCACAGAACAUAGCAUUCCUGUACGCAGCCAGAAUCCUUUGGGGCGUCGGAGUGGGGAUGACAUUCACCAUAUCCCCGAUGUACUGCGCCGAAAUUGCUACGAACGAAGCUCGAGGUGCUUUGGGAUCCUACCUCCAGAUGUUCAUAACCUUUGGCUUCUUGCUGGUAUAUGCAAUUGGACCUUUUAUUUCCUACUCGGCUGUCGCCUAUGUGGGUAUAGCCUUCAUGCCGGUCUUCUUUAUUAGCUUCUUCUUUAUGCCAGAAACACCAACUUACUGUCUUCUAAAAGGCGAUCGCGAGGCGGCGGCGUCUUCCUUGUGCACAAUUCGCGGGCGUUCCCGGGCUGGUGUUGAAGCUGAACUGAGUCUCAUUGAGGCCGAUGUUAAAGCCUCUAUGGAAAAAACAGCGUCGUUCAAGGAUAUAUCCCGAGGCAGUAACUUCAAGGCGUUCUACAUCUCGUGUGCGCUUCAAUUCUUCCAACAGUUCUGUGGUAUCAACGCUGUUCUGUUCUACAUGACGGAUAUCUUCGCUUCCUCUGGAAGUGACCUUGAACCUGCCAUCUCAACCAUCAUCGUUGGAGCCGUCCAGGUAGCGGCGUCUUGUGUAGCUCCUCUGGUGGUAGAUCGUUUAGGAAAACGUCCUCUACUCUUGAUAUCACUAUGUGGAACAGCUGUAUCAAAUUUACUACUGGGUGUAUUUUUCCUUCUACUGGACAAAGAUAGUGCAGUGGUGCCGUCUAUCAGUUUCCUUCCGGUGCUAUGUCUGGUAGUCUUCAUCCUGUCGUAUUGUGUGGGUCUGGGCCCGCUCCCUUGGGCCAUCCUUAGCGAAUUGUUGCCCAUAGAAGUUAAGGCUGUUGUCUCACCGAUAGUAACAGCAUUAUCGUGGUUGUUGUCUUUCCUGGUUACCAAAUUCUUCCCGUCCCUGGACCGUCACGUUGGCUUCCUCGUGUUCGGUGGGUGUUGUGUCGUAUCUUUAGUCUUCUCACUGCUGGUCAUUCCAGAGACCAAAGGAAAGAGCUUCUCUGAGAUACAAAUGAUGCUGUCCGGGAAGAAAAAGGAAGAGAAGGCAAAAGAUAACAAUGUUAUGAAGCGGUAAAACGCUGUUACGACUAAGAAUUAUAGCUAAGGCAACGCCUCCAGGCCUGAGGUAGAAAUCGUGUAAUUAUUAUCACUGAGAUGUGAAGAAAAAUAACUUAUAAAAUAUUUAAAAUAAAAAUUUGCUUCAUUGUUUAAGCAGUGGGUCACAAAAAAAAAGUUAUUACAAGAUAUAUUGAGAUUUUCAUUAUAUUCGACAAGUGACUUAUUCCUUCAUAUUGUUUAUUUAACCGCUGACAGCGAAUACUGCAAAAUUGAAUUUGAACUUCCAGUUUAAGGAUUUUGUCGGAAUUAAAGGACCUCUAAGGUAGAGAAACCCUCGAUAGUUCAACCUCGAUAAUGUCCCUAAAGUUUUAAGCCACAUAAUGUACAAUUAACUAUAGACAUACAAAAUAAAGUUCAAAUAACUUUAAAGCGUAACUACGUAAUUAUAUAGAAUUUAAUUUUAUUAGUAAAUUGUUUUUAUAAGACUACCAUAUAGGUAUUUGCUGCUAAAUAAUAAUUUAAUAUAUAAUUGUGUCAAGAAACAUUUACUAUUACAAUAAGUUAGAGUACAAAGUACAAAAUUAUUCUAUGUCUUCAUAACUAUAUUAUAAUUUGUUGUUUUUUUA